AUGACUGAUGAAUCAAAAAGAGAUUAUGAAUAUGUCGAUGAGUACGGAGAGUUUGAAGGCCAUGAAUUCGUGCCAGAAGAGGAAGAAGACGACCAGUUCGAAAUCGACAUCACGAAACGCGCAGUGGCUGAAUUAGGGGUGGGUACCUAUUGGUACUUAUAACUAAAGAAAACCUAUUGGUAUUCCUCAGUUAUAAGAAACAUUUUUUUUUUUUAAAGAGCUGAUAUUGCUUAUAAGUUCACUAUUAUCAUAGGUGGAAAGUUGAGAAUAUAGGAUACAUAAAGUUGUUAUAUUUAUUUCUUUAAAAAAAGAUAAACCAUCACGAUUUUCAUCAAAAUUUGAUCUUUAACUAUGAUAAAAAUAAACAAUUACAUUGCAUUUAUUUAUUUUUUAAUAUAUAAACAACUUACAAAGAACCUGUUGUUAAAUGUUUAAGCAUUUUUGUAGGUUUAAACAAUUGUAUCUACAUAGUAGCUUUCAAAUAAAAAUUACGCAAAAAUCUCUUAAACAUAAAAAAAAACUGAUUAAUCUUCAAAAUAUUAUAAUCGUACGUAAAAACGGUAUUUUCCCGUGAAUGAGUUUCGGGCAGUGGAUUACUGAAAAAGUUUUAUCAUAAAGGUGGUUAUUAAAAUUAAAAGAGCUGAUAAUUUUAAGUUAAACAAUUGUAUACACAAAAAUAACCACAAAUAGCUCAACAACUCUUUGAACAUUUGUAUGAGUUUCGAAAAAGCUAAUAAAAGUAUUCUGUGAAAAUUGCAGCUCUCAACGCGAUAAUUCAUGUAACUAAUUUAAAACAAAAAAAACCAUAAUCAAUGGAUAUCGUAAAUUUUCUUCCGGGUUUUCCCGAUUAUUAUGAAAAUUGGUUGGAAAAUUAAAAAAACUACCUCUUUAUGAUUAGGUAUCUUGUUAGUUUUUGAUUGGUGCAAGAUUUCUGGUAGAAAAGUCCUUUAAAGAUAAAAAAAAAAAAAAAACACAUACACCCAUCAUAGUCAGACCAAUUCCUUGUUAUGCUCAGAAUUCAAAAUAAUAUCGUAUAAAACUCCGUAGUGAACGGAUGUUCACUGUAUAAAUUAUUUAAAACAUGAGUACGAUAGUUAACGGUCGUUUUACAUAGAAUACCAUCUAAAACAGGUAUAUUAUUUAAUAUAUAAUGGUCUUUAAAUUGGAUUAAUUAAAAAUCGAAUAAACAGUCGAAUAAUAUUAUCGUUUUUGUUUCUGUGUACUCUGCGUAUUGUAGGCUUUUGAUGGUGAACGUAAUAGUAAAAACCAGCGGCACGGAUUCGGCAAAGCUAUUUUACCGAAUGGUGACACUCACGAGGGAACGUAUAGAAACGAUCAACGACACGGAUAUGGGGAAUAUAAAUUCAAAAACGGUGGGAGAUACAAUGGUUGUUAUAAAAAUGAUUUGAGAAACGGUCAAGGAGUAAUGCAAUACCCGGAUAAAUCUAAAUACGAAGGUAUUGAUAUUAUUAUAUUGUAUUUUUUGCAAGUAGUUUGUUAAAAGGUUAAGUUAGGUGACACUGUUAAGUGAUGGCAUGUAGAACAUUUUUAUUGUUUAAGGCUCAGGCAACGUCUAUAUGUACCAGUGUUACUACCAUCACAGGUCACCACCACCUAUCGUAUAAACAAAUCGGUAACAAAAUGUUUAUAGGUAUACCGGUGAUGUAAAUUAUCACCGACAUUUUUUUUUCGAAUUCUACAUGAAUUUUUUCAAGAUCAUUUCCAAAAAACUCAUACAUUUUGAAUAUUUAAAUCCAAUCAAAUUUUUUUGUAGUAAAUAUAUUAUUAUGAUUUACUUUUAUAUUUAUACCCAACAAAAACCCUCCGUCAACUAUAUGUAAAAAUCUCGCUAAGAAAAAAAAAACUCAAGUUAGAAUAGUUAAGAUAUCAGAAAGAGGCUAAGUAACUUAAGUUCAUUAGUAUAGAAAUUGUUUAUAAUUGCUUGCAUUUGAUGAAAUACGGUAAUUCAAUACAAAUAAUUUAACUUAACUUGGCGGCUACUAAUAUUUACGACUACAAAUAAAGAUACAAAGCUGACAUAAAUAUUUACAUCGCCAUUUUAUAAUUUAUUAAUAUUAUCAUAAUACUAUGAGUAUCCGUCAAGCUAAGUUACAUAAUUUGUAUUCAAUUAUCACACUUCAUCAAAUACAAACAAUUAUAAACAAUUUUUGUACUAAUGAAUUUAAUAAAUUACACAAAUGAUUUAUAAAAUUGAAACAAAUCAUGUACGCAAAGCUAUACUAGGUUUGAGUUAUUCAGUAUGUUAUUAAAUAUUCACUAAAUUACGAGACACAAUAAUUAUUAUGACGAAAAAAGUUAAAACUGACGAAUAACAGUUUUUUCACUAGAUUUUAAAUUAACAAAUUUUCAAGCUCAUAUUCCAAGAUAUUUAUUCAUAAUCGUCAAUGUUCUACGGUUCUAUACAAAAUUGGACUGGCUCGAACCACCAGUUCGCGAUCGAGAUAUAAAUCCCGUUUUGAUUUCUCAUUAUAUUAAAAAAAAAAGAAAUGUUUGGGGAUGGGAAACUAUUUUUUUUUUAUUUCCAACGACUUUGAGCGAGAUCAAAAUUGUUUUCCAAAUUGUGAAGUAAGCCUCUCUAACUCAGUGCGAUACUGAUUAACAUUUCCGAUCACGUUAUUUAAACCAAAAACGAAAAAUUUUUCUUUAUGGUUUUAUUUUUCGAUAAAGGCCAUUGGGUCGAUAACGAAAAGGACGGAAAUGGAACCUUUACGUUCAGUAACAAGGACAAGUUUUCCGGUUCAUGGAAAAACAAUGUAGAACACGGCGACGGGACAUAUUCGUUUUUUAAAUCGAAAGUCGUUCUCAAGGGCGUGUGGUCGAACGGGAAAAGGGUUUCGAAUUUUCAAUUUUACUUUCCCACAAGUGCAUCGUCCGGGUUUACUUUUCACGGCACGUGGGACGACAACGAAAACGUACGCCUCUUUCUUACCGUCGUAUUUUACUUCGUACACGCAGCUCGAUAAUAGUAUAAUAGAAUUAAUGUUGUUAUUAUUAUUUUUUUUUUUUUUAAGUUCGCCGGCGAAGGAUAUUUUGUUUUCGAAGAUUCAAUGUGCAUGCAACGAGGUAUUCACGUAAACUAUAAUAAUUACGGUACAGCUGGUACAAGUGGCAAAAUCGGUAAGCAAAUAACUAGUUAGGUAUAUAACAAUGAAUACAUUUUUUUUGAAAAUAUCAAAAAUAUUUGCAGUAUAACAUAUCAUUAUAAUAUAUAUUUACGUCGAUGGCAUGGAGUAAAAUUAUACGUUAAAUAUAUUACUACGCACAGGACCUGUGUGGUGUUCGAAUAAUAUUCUGCCAAUCAUAACUGGUUUGUUGCCCGGUCUGCCGAAAAAGAAACCGGGGCUGAAAAAAAGCCUGUCUUCUUGCGAAAAAGUAGGAGAAAUCACCGAUCCGCCCGUUAUCGGAAGCGUGUCUACGUCAUCGAGCCGUGUGGAAAUGUACGUGUUAAAAGACGAUUUGUGGACCGAUAUGGAUGAACUAGAAUCCUGCGAAGAAAGCGACGUUAAACAAGGCGUCAAUGAGAACGAUAUUGAACAAUUGUAA